GAGAAAUAAAAAGUUUUUGUGUGUGUUGAGAAGAGAGAGAGAUCCUUCUUUGUAGGAGGCAACUGCUUUUGGGGUAAGGGCGGGGGAAGGGGUAGGCUUUCUUUGUACAUCACAAUGCUAAGAUUUCUCUUUCUCCCCUUUGAGAACCCUUCGUUCUCAUACAUCAUUCAGGAGCAUUGAAGAUUUGUUGAGACGAGCAGUUAACAGGAGAGGUUGAAUUUCCGGGGUCCGGAAAUUUCACCGUUGUUGAAAUAUGCAAUCACCUCCUGGGACUGCUCCGUCCGGCAAAAAUGGCACUAUUCCCUCGGCUCCUACUAAUGGAACCCCUCCUCCUUCCAAUCCUCCAUCUUCACCACCACCAUCAUCAACGCCACAAUCUCCUCCACCAGCUCCCCCUACCUCCCCACCCCCACAAUCUCCUCCGCCAAAUUCUCCUCCACCUUCAUCACCACCACCCGUGAAUAACUCUCCUCCUCCAUCAUCACCACCACCGACACCUUCUCAAUCACCACCGGUACUCUCACCUCCACCACAAUCCCCUACGGCACCACCUCCUGAUCAGGUGCCGCCUCCUACCUCACCUACAUUUUCUCCCCCACCCCCAGUUUCCUCAGAACCACCUCCAUUGCAUGCUGGAAAACUAUCUCCUCCUCCACCACCUUCAGAAAAACCAGCACAUUCAGAAAAACCAGUUGCUGAGCACCAUCCAGAGAAACCACCAGCUGGUUCUUCAGGAAGCAACAAUGACUCGCCACCGUCUAGUUCAGGUUCAUCUGACAUGAUUAUAGUUGCUGGAAUAGCAGUGGCAGGAUUGUUGGUUUUUGCCACUAUUGUUGUUUGCUUAAUUUACUGGAGAAGGAAAAAGAAAGAACGCUACUAUACCGAUCCUACUCCCGGUGCUGGACGUCCACCUAAAGGUGCUGGCGGUAUUGAUCCAUACUACAAAGGUGCUAAGCCCGUGGAUCACAUUAUUAAGGUUCCUACCACAGUUUAUUCAAGUAGCGACAACAGUUCUACUGCCUAUGGGCAAGCUCUUGUGCCAUCUCCGAGUCUUGGUGGGUUCUCCAAGUGUCAGUUCACUUAUGAGGAGCUAGCUAGAGCAACUUCUGGAUUUUCUAAGGCAAAUGUGUUAGGCCAAGGUGGUUUUGGGUAUGUACAUAAAGGUGUUUUGGUUGAUGGAACGGUGGUAGCCGUCAAGAGUUUGAAGUCAGGCAGUGGACAAGGUGAACGAGAAUUUCAGGCAGAGGUUGACAUCAUUAGCAGAGUUCAUCAUCGCCACCUUGUUUCUCUUGUUGGAUAUUGCAUUGCUGACAGCCAGCGUAUGUUGGUCUAUGAGUAUGUUCCCAACAGAACCUUGGAAUUCCAUCUUCAUGGGAAGGGACACCAUGUUAUGGAUUGGGGAACAAGGCUUAAAAUUGCGUUGGGAUCAGCCAAAGGAUUAGCUUACCUCCAUGAAGAUUGCCAUCCUAAAAUUAUCCAUCGUGAUAUAAAGGCUGCAAACAUUUUACUUGAGGACAACUUUGAAGCUAAGGUGGCAGAUUUUGGAUUGGCUAAGCUUUCUUCUGACAACUUUACUCAUGUCUCCACCCGUGUUAUGGGAACUUUCGGGUACUUAGCUCCUGAAUAUGCAUCAAGUGGCAAGCUAACAGACAAAUCAGAUGUGUUUUCAUUUGGAGUUGUGCUUUUGGAACUCAUAACUGGGAAGCGACCUGUUGAUCCUAGCAAUAUGAUGGAGGACAGUUUAGUAGACUGGGCUAGGCCCCUUCUUAAAACAGCCUUGGAAGAGGGAAAAUAUGACAAAUUGGUAGGUGCUCCUCUUGAAGGAAACAUUGUUCCAAAUGAGCUGCGUCGGCUAGUAGUCUGUGCUGCUGCUAGCACUCGUCAUUCUGCUAAAAGACGUCCAAAGAUGAGUCAGAUUGUGCGAGCCUUGGAUGGCGAUUCAUCUUUGGAAGACAUGAGUGACAGCACAAAGACUGGCUCAAGUGGGAGCUCUGAAACCUACGAUACUGGUGCAUACAAUGCUGACAUGAUCAAGUUUAGGAAAAUGAUAUCAACCCAAGAAUACGAUAGCAGUGAAUAUGGAGCAACGAGUGACUAUGGACUCAACCCUUCCUCCUCCUCAACCUCAAGCAGUGAUUCCAGAGAGCUUGAUCAUCACCAGGGGGGUAAACGAUGAAGUGCUAACUAGAUAAAGACUUGAAGCUUGAUUUCUUCCGACAAAAAGCCAUUUUGACUUCUUCCCUAAAACUGAUCUAAUUAAUGAAUCUUUACUCUUUCGUGAUUUAUGUCAAAUACCUUUUACUAAAUCAAAGUCAUAGCAGCAAAUUAUGCUUAUAUAUAUAGUACAGUAUCAUUUUUGUCUCAACGUUGUACAAUAUUUUGGUUCCAGCACUUGGAGAACAGCACUGAAUGUACAUUUGUAUGUUGUACUCUAUAUCAUAUUUUAUUGUAUAAUGUCUUCUUGUGGUUUUCAUACGU